AUGCUAUUCCCGCCCACCCCCACCGCUGGCAGCAGCUCCGACUCGGGCAAUGUGCCAUUGCGGUGCUGUGCGCUUCAAACUUAUAUCAUCUCCGCCCCUGCACGAGUCCCACACCAACAACUGCAACUGCUCCAUCUGCACACAGAAUGGCUGCUUGUUAGUGUACCCGCUCAGCAAGGAUUAUGCUAUCAUGAAAGACGAGGCUGUACUGAAAGAUAA